AUGGAGCUCAAGAGAGGAAAAACUUUCAUAAAAUCCAGUGCGCAACAUGAGAAAGUGCCACCGGUGCACACAGUUCCUAUUAACAAAGACGAUAUGGGGAAGGACAAAAAGGCAGCUCUGGAGGGAAACCAAAGUGUAGCUGAAGUCCAGUUGGCAUGCUUGGCCACACACAAGAACUACAGAUUUUCUACCAGAGCAGCACGGAAUGGAGCUGGUGACCACAGCCUGGAAAAAUCAUCUGGGUCCUCCUACAAACUUGUAAGGAAGAGUAAAACCCACGAUUGCGUUGCUGAGGCAGACAAAAUGGAGCACUGCAGCCCCAGCAGCAGGGCUUCUGAAGAAGGUUUUUCUGGAAAGGGUAAGAGCAGACUUGUCAAUAGCAUCAGCUUCUCAGGGGUGUCCAGCUCCAGCAGUUGUGUGGUCAGCCCCAGCCAGUCUGCAUGCAGCAGUCAGAUGAUCGAUUACAGGAACUUUGUGCCACAGAUGCCUUUUGUACCAGCUGUUGCAAAAACCAUACCCAGGAAGAGGAUUUCCCUCAAGAGAUCUAAGAAAGGGCUCAGAGACAUUUUUCAUAUUAAAAAAACCAAACCAGACAACCUCACAUUCCUGGUUGAGAAGGACAAGAACCUGUCCUCUCCAGGCUGCAAGAGUGAGCUGUCUGGGCGUCUUGCAAAAUACCUUUUCAAAACCGGAGAGCCGUUUGCAGCUGAUUGCUUGUCACAAGACUGCUCAGACAGUGAGCUGCAGUCUGACUCUUCCUACGACUACUGCAACACCCUGUGUGAAGAUGUCGCCUCGCUGAAGAGCUUUGACUCGCUCACUGGCUGUGGGGAAAUCUUUGCUGAUGAGAGCUCUGCUCACUUGGAGCUAGAGAGCAGCAAAGAAGUUCUGCUGAGACGAAGCAAGCACAAAGACAGCCCUGUCAUGGGCUCCUUCCAAGGGGGUGUGGAGCAGCUGGCCUCUCCUGGCCAGAAUGAGACCGUUGAAUUUGCAAAGUUUUGGGACAAUAUCAACAAAUCAGUGAGGCUACAUCAGAGUGCUCUGUUUGACAAGAAGUUACAAAAGGUACCCGGUCCUGAUGGGGAAAAGGCUAGAAGCCAGGCUGCUGCAUCUGUGACAGAGCCUCAAGUGUCACCUGACAAACAUAGUGACAAUUCCAAAGAGAGCUCCAGAGAAACAGGAACACCAAAAAGUGACAACCAGGAAUCCACAUCCACAAGUGAUGAAGGCUACUAUGAUUCAUUGUCUCCUGCACAAGAUGAUGAAAUGAAGGAAGCUCAGACCCCUGGGGUUCCAGGUAGAUUUCCAAGAGAAAGCUACAGUGGAGAUGCCCUUUAUGAGCUUUUCUAUGACCCAAAUGAAGUCAAAAUAAACCCAGUCCUGGACGAUGACUUGUGCACAACUGAAAGCAUUUCAGAACAAGCCAUUGAAAUCCCUUUGUCCAUUUACAGCUUUCAUGUUGGAGCUGAGGAGAACAUGGCCUCCCAACCAACUCUAGACAUUAUCAGCCAGGGUUUUUUCCACAGCACAUGGAAAGGUAAAGAAUGUUUGCUAAAGCUUUGCGAUACUGAGCUUUCACUGACUAUGGGGAUAAUAAACUGGCUGAGAAAACACUCGGGACUUGUUUCCUCCCCUGACUCUCUUCAGAGUCCUCAAUCACAGCUAGAAAAGUCUAACGAUUCAUCGAUCUUGCCCAGCCCCAGUCCAGAGCAGAAAGUGAGCACAGAAGCUCAGCAGGAGAAAUCAAGCAAGGAAGAAACUAAUACAUUUAACCUACACUUGUCUUUGGAUGAAAGCAAACACGCAAACCAAGCCUCUUCAGGAGAUGUUGCUGAAAGAGACCACAGCCUGGACUCUUGCCCUAACACAUUUAAUCUGGAUUUACAAGGAAAGGAAGGGAGUCACUGCAAGGAAUCAUCUACAGUGCCUGGGACUGUGGAAACCACCAAAGCAUCAAGUUAUGCACCACAACCAUGGGCUAAUGGAGACAAUCUGCAGAUAUCUUCAACUGAGAAGGAGAAGGCAACAAUUUCAGAAGGAUGCAAGACACCUGGAGAUAAAAACCUACUGCCAGAAAAGUUGAACGUGGAGAGUGGCUUUCAAAGCUCUGAAAACCCUUCAUUCGAUGAUAAUCACGAAGUGGAAUCAUGUUACUCCUACAUGACUGCUGCAACCUCACUCCUGGAUCCCCUUGAGAAAGAGGACAGAAAUAAACCAAUGUAUCACUCUCUCUCAAUUUCCUGUGACAAACCACUGCAGCCUCUUACUCUCAGACACUUCCAGAGCUACAUUAGCCCCACAUCAAUGGAGAGCAGCACUAAUAUAGUACAGCUCUUAGAGCACUGUGUAACACAAGUGGCAUCAUUAAAAAUCAGCUAUGAAAACAAGCACCUGGAAGACAAAUGCAUUGGGAAUGAAAUGAACAAUAUUAUUCAUAAGAUGUCUCAGUACAAAAAUAAGUUAUUAUUGCAAAAUGAGUGCAACUGCAUUGUUCAAAAUCCAGAAUAUUCAAGUAUUCCUAGCACAAACCAAUGCAACUAUGAGACAAGUUUCCAAUCCAGCAGUCUGUAUCAUUUGAAGCAAAAUGGGGAGCAAAUUUGCUCUGAAGAUCAGAAAAGUAGAGCAAAAAUCCUAGAUGAGAUCACUAGAAGCAAGAUAAAUUUUGACUAUGCCCAGCUAAAUAAUCAAGCACUCUCUUAUUUAAAAGACUUUACAUUUGAUAUCAGUCCAAGUGACUCUGUCUCUCCUACAACUCUUAGUAGACCAACAUUUUUACCUCUCUUUAACUCUGUCUGCUCAGACAUACCUGCUACUUUUUCCCAAGCUUCAUACAGCACCACUGCCUCUCUAGCAGACACGCUGCAGCCCAAGGAGGGCAAGCAGGGCAGCCCAGGGCCAUGGAGUUAUGCAGAGACCCCCUGCAGGGGCCUGGCUGGAGGGUGCGGUCUGUCCCCUCACCCAGAGACAGCAACCCUGGACACAGCAGUGACAGGGAAGAACCACCCAUAA